GUGGAAUAAUUUAUCAUAUCUUAUUGCGUCAAGGCCUUCUGUUAACGUUUUAAAAUUUAUUGGAACUACAUUGCACUGUCAACCGCGUAUCAUUUGACCUUAUCUAAACCGUCAAAGACUAGGGAUAUUGGACUUUGGGUAUGCGCGCGCUUAUCAAAUACUUUGGUAUAUCUUCAAGACUGUUGCAAUGUGGAAAUGAAUUAAACAUUCUUUUAACACAUGUUACUUAGAUGAUGAGUUGCUUUCCGUACGGCCAUAGAGGCAAUGCCUCUUCUCAUUUCGAGAGGUCCGAAGUAACACAGAAUUGGGUGACUAAUCCUACACAUGGUACUGAUACUACAGGUGGCAGAACACCUGCACCACCCUUAAGGACAACAAGCGCACCUCUUGGAAGUACCAUUGAAAAUAUAUCCUUUAAACCGAAUAAACCAUUACCACUUACACCAGUGGAAGAAGAAAAACGUGACAAAAAGAAAUACAAAAGUGGUGCCAGUAAACUUGGAAAAUUCAAACCAUCUAUUAUGCUAAAUAUAUCAGCACCAGUUAAUGUUAUGCAUAAAGUACACAUUACAAUAGAUCCAGUUACUGGUGAAUUUGAGGGUAUGCCUCCAGAAUGGUCUCACAUGUUAACGGUGGCAGGCAUCACAAAAUGGGAACAACAACAAAAUCCAACUGUUGUACUAAAUGUGUUAAAUUUAUUGAGUAGAAAAGAUGAUACUCCUCAAAAAUAUAUGACAAGUAUUAUAGGACCACCAAGUGCAUUGGAUCUGUCUUCAACUGAUCAAAUUAACACUUCAAACGAUUCAAAUAUUAGUCAAGCACUUUCAUUACCAGCAUCAAAUUGUACCAAAUGUUGUACACCGGAUACAGAACGUGUUACCUCAUUAACUAGAAUAUCAUGUUCAGUUGAUGUCGGACCAAGAAGUAGCAGUUUAAGCAGUGGUCGUGGCAGUAGUGAAGGUAUUGGAAGUCGAAGUGGAAGUGGUAGUGGUGGUGCUGUUAGUCGAAGUAGUAGUAGCGGUCAUGGAGGUGUUGGUGGUUCCAGUGGUAUCCAAAUGUCUGGAAUGGUUCUUAGUCCUUCUGGUAGUUCCAAUGUAGCUAUUCCUCCGUCAAGUAGUUACAGUAGUUCAGGUAGUAGUUAUUCUUCAAGUACAGGAAGUGGGCCAGCACCACCAGCCGUCAUCAAUGGAGUUGAACUUAUACCUGCACCGCUUCUUCCGCAUAAAUUAUCAUUUAGUCCUUCAGGUCAAGCGUUAAAUUAUUCUGCAAUAUCUAAUCCAUCUAUGGAUAACGCAGCUAACACAACUCUUCUUAAUUCGAUAUCUGAUUCCCAAGCAAUUCAUCAAUCUUCACUUACCUUACCUCCAUUAGCCCCAGCGCUUCAUAAUCAUACAUGCGUCGUUGGAAACACUACUUGCACACCUGGUUCUUAUCAACAUCAUCAUUCUAAUAUGGUAUCUCAUAGAGGGGCUACUGAACCCGGGAUCCAUUCAGAUCAUGAAAUAAGAUCAGUAACUAUGGGCUCCUCUACUAAUUUAAGCACUGUCACGAGCAUCAAUAAUCGUUCUAUGCCGCCUCAUCCAUCUCCUUAUGUGAUGCAACCAUCUUCAUCAUCAUUGUCCUCUAAACAAUCCAAUCUAGAUUUUAUCAACCAAACAAAUCAAAAAACUCCCUGGCGUCCACAAAUUCAUUCACAUUUAAAUAAUCCACCACCCCCUUUAUCACCUGGUCUACCAAGACGAUUUGCUGAUGGCAUUCUAUCACCUCCUGACAUUUCUAACAAUGCAACUAUUCAAUAUUGUUCUUCAGGUCAGUCAUCCCCUUCUCCAGCAGGAUCUGCAACUCCGGUACCUACACCACGACGUGAAUCACUUGCUGGUACACCUUCUUGUCAACGAACAAUUUUACCUUUAAAUAAUAAUACUAAUAAUACUAUAAUUGUCAAUAAUAGUGGUGUACAUCCACCACCAAUUGCUACACGUCCCGAGAAAACAAAAUCCAUAUACACUCAACCAGUUGGUGAAGAUAUCAAUUCAACCAUUCAACCCAUCAAUUAUAACGAUGAUUCAUCUAUAAGUAUCAAUUCAACAUCAGUACAACUUCCAAAUGUUUAUUUACAAUCAACUGAUCUUACUAUUUUAUCAAUGAAAAAAUCUAAUUCUUAUGAAUUCGAUGAUGAAUCUACAACAAUGUUAUUAACUAAUAAUAAUAAUACACCUACUAUCCCUACUAUUGUAGAUGAUCAUAAUAAAAUGACAAAUUCUAUUUGUACAACUAUUACCUCUUCUACGAAUACUGAUAUUAAUAAUAUUCGAUCAACAAUCAAUCAAACAAAUACAUCAAUAUCCAUGACAUCAUCAUCAUCAACAACAACAACAACAACAACAAUGCCCAUGACUAAUAUCACCUCUAUACAUAAUCAUUCUCUUACUUGUAGUCAACAUAAUUUUCAUAAUACUAUUAAUACUUCAACUACAACAUGUACAGUUAAAUCAAUAAAUCAUCAACAAAUCUCAUCAAAUACUAUGAUUACUAACCCUAUGGACAAUAAUACUAAUCAUAAUAAUCAUGAUAAUAACCAUACAACUAAUACAUUAGAACGUAAUAAUUUAAAUAAAAAAUGUAAAUCUAAAAUGACUGAUGAAAUGAUACAAGAAAAACUUCGAAUGAUUGUUAGUAUUGGUGAUCCAAAUAGAAAAUAUCAAAGAUUAGAAAAAAUUGGUCAAGGAGCAUCGGGUGUUGUUUACAGUGGAAUUGAAUCAACAACUGGACGUCGUGUUGCAAUAAAACAAAUGAAUUUAAAAAAACAACCUAAAAAAGAAUUAAUUGUUAAUGAAAUUUAUGUAAUGAAAGUUAAAAAACAUCCAAAUGUUGUUAAUUAUUUAGAUAGUUAUCUUGUUGGUGAUGAAUUAUGGGUUGUAAUGGAAUAUUUAGAUGGUGGUUCAUUAACAGAAGUUGUUACUGAAACAUUAAUGGAUGAAGGACAAAUUGCAGCUGUAUGCAGAGAGUGUUUACAAGCAUUGGAAUUUCUUCAUAAAAAUCAAGUGAUUCAUCGUGAUAUUAAAUCAGAUAAUAUUUUAUUAGGAUUAGAUGGUUCAGUAAAAUUAACUGAUUUUGGUUUUUGUGCUCAACUUAGUCCAGAACAAACAAAACGUUCUACAAUGGUUGGUACACCAUAUUGGAUGGCACCAGAAGUAGUAACAAGAAAACAAUAUGGACCAAAAGUAGAUAUAUGGUCACUUGGUAUUAUGGCUAUUGAAAUGAUUGAUGGUGAACCACCAUAUUUAAAUGAAAAUCCUGUUCGUGCUCUUUAUUUAAUUGGUACAAACGGUAAACCAGAGAUUAAAGAACGUGAUAAAUUAAGUGCAGAGUUUCUAGAUUUCUUAGAUCGAUGCCUUGAAGUCAAUGUAGAUUUACGUGCAUCUGCAUUUGAACUACUUAAGGUAAGCAUUUCUUUUUUUUCUUAAAUCAUGUCCUUUUAAUUAUGUAUUUAUCUAUUUAUUAUUCAUUAGAAAAUACUGUUUUAGAAAUAUUGUUGGUAUGUCAAUAGCGGAAUAAUGCUCGACCUCUUACUUACUUACGCCUGUUACCCCCAAUAGAGCAUAGGCUGCCGACCAGUAUUCUCCAAGCCACUCUGUCCUUGGCUUUUCUUUCUAGUUCUAUCCAACUGUCGUUCAUUCUUCUUAUGUCUGUCACCAUUUCUCGAUGUAAUGUGUUCUUUGGUCUUGAGGAUUCCAUGUGAGGACUUGCCUUGUGACGCAGUUGGAUACUUUCCACAAUGUGUGUCCCACCCACUUGCAGUGCUUCUUUGUGGUUUCUUCCUCCACUGGAAUCUGGUUUGUUCUCUUCCACAGUAGUUUGUUGUUGAUAGUGUCUGGCCAACGGAUUUGAAUUAUUUUGCAUAGACAGCUGUUGAUAAGCACUUGUAUGUUCUGGAUGAUGGUUUUCAUAGUUCUCCAAGUUUCCCCUCUUACUGCUACUACUAAUAAUAACAUAAAUAUCAUACUCGUUUAACAAGUUAGCAGCUCCCCUGAGUUAUUAACUGAGUAAAUAUGGGUUGGCUGUUUAAAGUGAUAAUCAUUGGAUUCGACUCUCGCUAUGAUUGCGAACACUGGAAUUCGACAGGAGAAUCCUUUUGAAUAGUUCCAAAUGAAGUAAAAUGUGCAUCCUGGAUUUUACUACUAGUCACAAUCUUUCUUUUUUAUAAAUAUUUCUGAUAUCAGUUCAUUAAGUUGUAAAAAAUUGGUGAACUAUCAUUCCACAUUACUCUCUAUUUACCUAUUCUACCGUAAUUUAACAUGUUGUUGAUUAUUCUCAACAUGGUUAUUGCUGAUGAAUGAUGAGUAAAAUGUCUCAAACAAUUCAGAAACAGAAGGACAUCGGUAAGUCAUACACAACGUAGAACUUGGCAUAUAUAUGCAUCGGUUCAGGUUGCUACACCAUAUCUGUACAGCAAGAUGCUGGAAUAGUAUAGGUAGUAAGAGUGUGGCGUGUGGUACUGAUGUCGACAGAUAUAAGUAAUAUGUAUCAUCAAUCGAAAGUGAAAUACCUGGCGGCAGAAAGUUAAGAAGAUCAGAGAAAAGAGGAUAAUUGGUGUGGAAACAACGAAACAAGAAAGCAUGAAACGAUUGAUUAACAUUUUGUAAAUGAAGUAUUUAUUGUAUGGUUAUAAGAUUUUACUGAGAGAUUCUGUGAUUUUGUAAUGAGAUACAUUUGGUUGUCCCCACUUGCGUUCUCGUUCACUCCCCCCUUCCAGCCAAACAAGUCGGUGAAACCUAUUAGGCCCUUCUGGAGAGAAACAGGCCACAUCGAAGCACGGCAAAACUACCGGGGCCAGAAUAGUCGUUUCUGAAAUCCUUUGAAGUUUGCCCAAUGACGAGCAACUCUAUAUGAUGCAUGCACCACUUUCGAAAAAUUUUUGUCGUUUUCCAUUCCAAAUGUAAUUGUGCUAUGUUUCUCUGUGGGUUUCGUAAUCGAUUGGUCGGUAUAGGUAAGAGUGGAUGAUUAGCCCGAUCUCCACCACCCGUAUUACCGCUCACGUUAGUUUAUGAGUCAUUCGUUUCAUUAUCCAGGAGGCACGACGCGGACGUGUGAGUCAGAUUUUGCCUCGUUCACUACAAAAGUACUAAUAGCAGUAGUAAAGAUUAGGCAUCCAAGAUGUAACUUUAAAAAACGCAUGGAUUCAUGGAAUAAAAAAAAUACCUUUUAGAAUAAUUCAGAAACUUCAGCACAUCAAGAAAGAUAAAGCAUGAACAUAUCUGCGUCAUUGAAAACAGUUUUGAGCCAUGUCGAAUAAACCCUCUAACCACUGAUUACGAUGAUCACACAAACCUCGAACCAUAUAGUCUACAUCUGCACGCCACGUCACUAUCUUCGGUCACUGUUAACUUUCUCCAUAUUGAUUUUCUAUUUAUUGGCUUUUUCAGUAGUAGUAUGAUAAUUGGAACUAAUUUAUCUGUCCAAUCAUGUUAGGUUCCACAUUAUUCAAUCAUUCAACAUUAUUAUCCUUAUUUAAUAAUCAUAAUCAUAACUUCAAUCAUAGAUCAUUUAAGGUAAUAGUGAAUGUUUAUCAACUGAUAUAGUAGUGUAUUAUUAUUAUCCUUAAAUGAUAAUUCAUGUUAUACUAGAACAGAAUCAUACAGUCCCUUCAUUGUAUGAGAUUCAUUUUCACAGAAUGAAUCAAAUAUCCACUUUAAAUGAAUAAAUAAAUAAGCAUCAAAUAGAUGUGUAUACUUUGAACUUCUAUAAUACAUAAUGACCAUUUCAUUGGUAUUGAUUAAUUUGUCAUUAUCUGGAUUGAUUAUAUUACUAUCUCUUAUGUCAAGUAUCAUCUUUUAUGUAUGAGUUAUUUAGCAAGUAUUGAAAUUCAUCUAAUUCACAUUGAAUCUACUAGUUAUAAAGCUUUAAAUAGCUUAUAUAAUCAGUUAUUCAUUUGAAUACAUAAAUAUUGAUACAAAGGGGCACCGAAUACAUAUGCGCCA